CGCAGACUGGAUGAUCCUGUCACUGCCUAGAUCUGUCUCAUUCAUUCCUCCAUCCAAUCAUUUUACCCUUCGAUGUUUAUCUGAAAGACCCUCGGGGAGGACCUUCCCUCAGGAGGAGACCCCUGAACCCAAGGAACAGUCCGAGACCACUGGCUGCAACGGCAAGAGGUUUUUUUUAUUGAGCGGUGCACAGCUGCUUGGAGGAUGGCCUCAGAUCUAGAACAGCUAUGCUCUUACGUUAAUGAGAAGAUUGACAAUAUUAAGAAAAUUCUGUCGAUAAGAAAUCUUGGCCAAGAACCUGCCUUGAAGACCACCUUAAGUAAAGUAGGAGAUGAGAUCAUUACAAUAAAUGAACUUCUAAAUAAAUUUGAAUUGGAAAUUCAGUAUCAAGAACAAACCAACAGGUCACUUAAGGAGCUCUGUGACUCUCUUGAAGGCGAUUUCAAAGCUGUGGAGCAUCUCAGAGAACACAUUCCUUCCUAUCUGCCUCAGGUGACAGCCGCCGAGAGCUUGGUUAACAGAGCUGAUCCGGAUCCUACAGAGCCAGUCAGUGCUGAGGAACCUGUCCCGGCAAAGAAGCCUCCCAAAGAACAGAGAGUAAUUAAGGAAAUGCAAUUUGUAACGACUGAUGAAUUCAGUGGUGUUCCUGCGUACAUGAAAUCCCGUUUGACAUAUUGUCAAAUUAAUGAUGUUAUUAAAGAAAUUAAUAAGGCAGUGGUUAGUAAAUACAAGAUUAUGCAUCAACCAAAAGCAUCUAUGACUUCCGUGAAGAGAAAUCACUACCAAAGAUUUAUUAAUGAAGAAACGAAGGACACAAAAGGUCGUUAUUUCUUCGUGGAAGCUGACCUAAAGGACUUCACGAAUUUGAAAACCGACAAGAGGUUAUACGCUAUCUUGAACAUCCUGCGGCAUUGCCAGAGACUAUCAGAGGUUCGAGGAGGAGGACUCACUCGCUAUGUCCUAACCUGAGGCUUUUGCAGGCUCGGGACUGAGUGGCAGUAGGGUAUAGAGAAUAGUCUUGGCAUUUCAUGUGUAAUGUCUUUAAGCUUCCAUUUUCUGGUCUUGUUUCUUACAGAAACAAAAAUUUAUUUGAAUAAAGCUUAUGUAUUUUCAAAGUCUACUGCCUGUAGGGACGGGGAUAAAGCUGGGACUCACAGCAAGUGCAUAAGCCAAAGUCAGAACAAUAUAUCUGAUCUCAUAUGUGGAACCUAGGUUGAAAUUACAUGUGUGAAGUGCAGAUCAUGAC